AUGGAGCCAAGGCUGUGUUGUAGGGCUUUCUUACUGGCUGGCAGGCUCUGGACAGCCAUCAGCAAGGCUCUGUUUGCUGAGUUCCUGGCCACGGGGCUGUAUGUGUUCUUUGGUGUGGGCUCUGUCCUGCCCUGGCCUGUGGCCCUUCCCUCUGUGCUCCAGAUUGCUAUCACCUUCAACCUGGCCACGGCCACAGCUGUGCAGAUCUCCUGGAAGACCAGCGGAGCCCAUGCCAACCCUGCUGUGACGCUGGCCUACCUCGUAGGGUCCCAUAUCUCCUUGCCUCGGGCUAUGGCCUAUAUUGCCGCCCAGCUGGCAGGGGCCACCGUUGGAGCCGCUCUUCUUUAUGGGGUAACUCCAGGAGGUGUCCGAGAGACCCUUGGAGUCAACGUGGUCCACAAUAGCACGUCAACCGGCCAGGCGGUGGCCGUGGAGUUGAUCCUGACGCUGCAGCUGGUGCUCUGUGUCUUCGCUUCCAUGGAUAGUCGGCAGACCUUGGGCUCCCCAGCUGCCAUGAUUGGGAUCUCUGUGGCCCUGGGGCACCUCAUUGGGAUCUACUUCACCGGCUGUUCCAUGAACCCAGCUCGCUCCUUUGGUCCUGCUGUCAUUGUCGGGAAGUUCGCGGUCCACUGGAUCUUCUGGGUGGGACCCCUCACAGGGGCUGUCCUGGCUUCGUUGAUCUAUAACUUCAUCCUGUUCCCUGAUACCAAGACUGUGGCCCAGCGACUGGCCAUCCUCGUGGGCACCACCAAGGUGGAGGAAGUGGUAGAUGUGGAGCCCCAGAAGAAAGAAUCCCAAACGAACUCAGAGGACACAGAAGUGAGCGUGUGACACUGCCCAGCCCCUGGCCCCUCGGGCUUCCAGGGCGGC